UAGUAAUCAAAUGAAUGAAGCAACAUGCCAAUAACAGAGACGGCUAAUUAGAGGGGAGUAACGUUAGCGCCAAGGUGUGUGUCAGUCCGUGUGCCCGCAUCGUCACCGACGGUUAAGCUUGCUCGCCUCCUCAGGACUACUGCACCUUACCUCCCCCGACUCCCGCGAUGGACCGAGAGACAGUUGUCAUCGUGUCCGCAGCAAGAACACCGAUAGGGUCCUUUAAUGGAGCCUUCACCACGCUGCCUGUUCAUGAGCUGGCCUCCACUGUCAUCAAGGAGGUGCUUCAGAGGGCUGGCGUGACCCCCGACCAGGUGUCAGAGGUCAUCAUGGGUCACGUGCUCACGGCAGGCCAUGGGCAGAACCCUGCACGCCAGGCCGCAGUUGGUGCGGGCAUCCCCUACCCGGUGCCCGCCUGGAGCUGCCAGAUGGUUUGCGGGUCGGGCCUGAAAGCCGUGUGCCUGGGGUGCCAGUCCAUCCAGACGGGAGACGCCACUGUGGUGGUGGCGGGGGGGAUGGAGAGCAUGAGCAGGGCACCCCAUACUGUCCAGAUGCGCACGGGCGUGAAGAUGGGGGACACGCCCCUCCAGGACUCCAUCGUUGCUGACGGACUGACGGACGCCUUCCACUGCUAUCACAUGGGCAUCACAGCUGAGAACGUGGCGAAACAGUGGGGGGUGACCCGAGAGGAACAGGACCGGUUUGCCGUCUCCUCUCAGACCAGAACCGAGGCGGCCCAGAAGGCGGGACACUUCGACCGCGAGAUCGUCCCUGUCACCGUCCCGUCACGCAAAGGCCCUGUGGAGGUGCGGCAGGACGAGUUUCCCCGCCACGGCAGCAGCAUUGACGCCAUGUCCAAACUCAAGCCCUGCUUCCUGAAGGACGGCUCCGGUUCGGUCACCGCCGGCAACGCCUCAGGGAUCAAUGACGGAGCUGCAGCCACUGUCCUCAUGAGCCAAUCAGAGGCCCAGAGGCGGGGCUUAAAGCCAAUGGCACGAAUCAUCUCCUGGGCUCAGGCUGGCCUGGACCCGUCAAUCAUGGGCACAGGGCCAAUCCCAGCCAUCAGGAAAGCGGUGGAGAGGGCUGGUUGGAAGCUGGAGGAGGUGGAUCUGUUCGAGGUGAACGAGGCCUUCGCUGCCCAGUCUGUGGCUGUGGUGAAGGAGCUGGGCCUCAACCCAGACAAGGUGAAUGUGUGUGGGGGGGCCAUCUCUCUGGGUCACCCCCUGGGCAUGUCUGGUUGCCGGGUGCUGGUGACUCUACUGCACGCGCUCCAGAGGACCGGCGGCGUUAGGGGCGUGGCCUCGCUGUGCAUCGGAGGAGGAAUGGGCAUCGCCAUGUGUGUGGAGAGGGUGUGAGAGAGGAGGACACGCCCAUUCUGUAGGAUCACUCGUGUCUGCCUGUGCAUGGUGACCCUGUUUAGGCAGUGUGGACGAGU